AUGGAGACAUCGGAUCAUAUUGAACAUGGCUCUUCAGAUGCAGGCAACGACACACAGACAGGCCACUGGUUCCCAGCCCUGCGCCCCGACACGAUUGAAGAGAUUACACACGAUGCGCCUCACGCCGAGGUCGAAUCGAGUUCUGCUCCCCAUGCACGAAUAGAUAUAAUACCCCCGACACCAAUUUCGCGACAAAGUCAGAAGGUCGAUUUUCGAAGCCAAAGAAUACCAGUCGUGCCGGAGGAGCCUGACGAGCCUGAGCCCGAGCAUACACCAGCGACAACUGCCACCUCCCGGCCUUCCACUUGGAACUAUGGUGGCGAUGAGUUGCCUUCAGACGACGAUGAUGAGAGGCUGGAUCCUGCCUGGGGUGUAAAGCGGCAUGACAGCACGAAUAUCCUUGCUAAUGUCCACCGUUCCUCGACCUUCCCUGACUUCAACUCGCCUGAACAGUCAAACCUCGAGGUUGAGAUCGCCGCACCAGCGGACAAGCUGGAUGUUGAGAUGGUCAAUGGCACUGCGGAAGAGGAAAGAAUUGUAGAACAGAGAGAGGAUGCCAUCGAGCCGCGAACUGUGGACGGGAUGAAUGGUGCCGAUAGUACUCGAGAACCCCAGUCAUGGACAGUUCCGGCACAAGAGGAGCCCAUUGACGAGGCGGACCAACGCUAUGAAGAGGGUGUGCCUCUCAUUCCCCCGGAAGAGGAGGCUCCGGCACACGUCCAACGCAGUGACAAGCAAAGUGCACAAAAUCCAUUCGAGACUGUGCAAGACGAUGAGGAUACCAGCUUCUUCUCAAAUGUACCCAUCUCCGAAUCUGAGGCUCCCCAACAACCCUCCCUUGACAGAAAAUCCACCACACAGGUGCUGAAUUCCUUGGACGUAUUGAACACGGACCUACCAAAUUCUCCCGCGACGGAUGCACCCGUUGAAGCGUCAUUUUUCGAUGAACUGGCUACUCAUGGUGCGCCUGCUGCAGACAACAAUGCCUCCACUGGCGUGGAAGGCCAGGAUCCAGACGCGAUGUGGGCAGCUGCACUUGGUGACGAUGAGUUCCUCGUCGAAGAUGCUGACGACCUUCUUCCUGAUUCCGACGACGAACCAUCAGGGGUACCACCAACUCAGCCAGUAUCCCACACCAUGCCACAGCAACAGCCUCAAAGACAGAGCUCUGUGAACCCUUUCACGCCCCAUCAGCCUACCACCUCAGAUAUGUUCCAGUUGCCGCCGAUGGCACGCACUACGCAUAACAAUGUCGGUCUGUCGCGACCGGAGCUACCACCUGUGGGCUCCUUCCAAGCUCAAUUACCUCCGAGGCCAGCUGCCCCGAGUGUCAAAAGCUUUGUGGAUCAAGCCAAGGAUGGCUAUAAAUCUCCUUAUGAUCUGCCCUUGGAUUUAAUGCCUAAAAGGAGAUCUCAUGUCCCACAGCCGGUCCAAACGACCAAAUCUGUCGCUCCUCCGCCAAGGAGCAGCAGCCUUUCGGAACACCCCGUGCAAUCACCCUUUGCCUCGACUGGACCACCGACCUCUUCAUCUCCAAAUAUGCAAGCGCCGGCACCGUCGCCUGCAAUGCCGCAACGAAGCGUCUCGGCUUUAGGGUCAAACAAGACUCGGACGUCCAAGUCUGGAUCUUCAUCAGGCUUCUUCGAGGAGUUGCCCAUCACCUCAAAACCACGUCCUGCUGGACCUUAUACUCCACAGCAAUCAUUUCCAGCCGCUCCUCCUCCCCUUCUACCUCGGAGUCCACCUACUGCUCCCAUGCCGCCUCCAGCACCACUUCCGCAGGGGCCUCCUAGUCAGCAUCCGCGACAGCCCCGAUUACCCACCCCGCCUUCUGAUCUGCAUGUUCAAUACCAGCUGCAGCCGCCGGAGCGCCUAGAUCCCUAUGCGAACGUACCUCUGCAGCAACCUCCUCCCCUGCCAGCGGCACCAAUUACUAGAUACUCACCAGCACCAGCUGCGCCUGGCACUUCGACACUAGGUGCUCGCCCUGGGCCUUCGCCUCGAUACUCGCCCGCGCCUCCACCCCAGACAACCUCUGCCAGUGCUGCCAGAUACGCAGCGCAACCGACGCCAUCUCCUGGCCCCAUACAAAACCCUAUUCAAGCUAACCAAGCCAUGCCAAAUAGACCACCAUCUCUACCCCCUCCCACCGCUGCCGCCAUCUUGCCUUUCCAACCACGUACCUCGAGUCCGCUAGCGUAUCACAAGGGCUCAGUCGAUGAAAAUGCGAAUAGCAUGCCCGCUGCAACAGCACAGCCGUCAGGGCCACCCGUGUCUGGAAAUCAGUAUAUUCCUUCUGCCGCAUCUGCGCCUUACUCCGCCAUUUCCCCCGAAAGUCGGAGUUAUGGAGACUUGAAUAAUCAGCUGUCGCCUCCGAAGCGCACCGGUCUCGGCCAAUUACCACCUCCACGCCGCUCCCAAACUCAAUCUCCGUCCAAACAGCGCCCUCAAGCGGCACAUUCUUCGUACACCGGCGACUUCAUCAACCGUCCAGCCACAGCUUACGGCCAAUCAUCGCCUAGUAUGGCUACUGCUCAGCUGGCUUCUGGGGACCAUACACGUCCUAGUAUUCAAGGCAGGAGUCCAGUACCAGAAUUGGUUUUCAUACGGCCUCAAGAUGACACCCAAUUUGACCCACUAGAGCGGUGGAAGGGUGCUCCAGUGUUCACAUUCGGCUUUGGUGGCACCAUCACCAGCUCUUUCCCGAGACACGUGCCCAGGUAUGCUACUGGAGCCGUGCGACCGCAGAUCAGGCCGGCCCCUGGCGAGGUCUCUGUUCGGGAUGGCAAGGAUAUUCUUCCCCAGGUUGAGCUAGUCAACACCUUCCCUGGCCCACUUCGAUCCAAGUCGAAGAAGAAGGACGUCUUGUCGUGGAUGUCAAACUACAUUACCGGGAUGGAGGCUGGCAUGCCUAAUAUUUUCGCCGCUCAGUCUCAUGACGAUCCGGCUAGACGCCUUCAUGAGAAGGUACUGCUCUGGAAGAUCGUACGAGUCAUGGUGGAACACGAUGGCUCACUCGAGGGUCCGGCUCUGAAAGCAAUCAACCUCAUUCUCUCCCCGGAGAUUCACAACGUCGACGAGUCAAGUGCGAUUCAAUACCGUGCUGGUGAACAGACGUCGGGAUUAUACAGACCAUCGGGUGCCAACGUGCGACCCGAUUCCGUCGACCCGAUGGCGGUUGAGACUUUACGGAAACGACUACUGAGUGGCGACAGGCAGGGUGCGGUACUCCAUGCGAUGGACAACCGUUUGUGGUCUCACGCUCUCAUCAUCGCCUCAACCAUGGAGCGCUCGAUGUGGGGUCAAGUUGUGAGGGAGUUCGUGCGUCAAGAAGUGAAGACGGCUGGAGAAAAUACCGAGUCGCUGUCUGCACUGUACGAGAUCUUUGGAGGCAAUCUCGAUGAAAGUAUUGAUGAACUUGUCCCGCCAUCCGCCCGAGCUGGUCUUCAGAUGAUAAGCAGAGUCAACACCGGAGGUUUUACUAGGAAUUCUCUCGACGGCUUGAAUCGGUGGAAAGAGACACUUAGUCUCGUGCUGAACAACCGGUGUCAGGGCGACCAUCAGGCUCUUGCAGUCCUUGGAAAGCUCCUUCAGGACUACAAUCGCAUCGAGGCGGCCCACAUUUGCUACCUGUUCUCGAGGAACCCCCAAAGGCAAUUUCUGUUUGGCGGCCCGGAUGAAGAGCACGCCUCCGUUAUAUUGCUUGGUGCCAACCACAAAGCCCAACCAUCUGACUUCGCCCGAGACCAAGAUGCUGUCAUGCUCACCGAGAUAUAUGAAUUUGCGACGAGCGUUCUUGGGACGGGGGCGCCAUUGCCAUUCAUGCCGCAUCUUUCUGUGUUCAAGUUGCAGCGCGCGACGCUCAUGUCAGAGGCUGGAUUGAAGGCAGAGGCGCAAUCUUAUUGCGAUGCCAUCGCGGCCACCUUCGGUAAGAGCAGCAAGAUGUCGCCUUAUUACCACCCAUUAUUCCUGUCCGAGCUUGACAACCUGUCGAAUAAACUCAAACAAACGCCCAUCCAAGGCUCGUCCUCGUGGAUUGGAAAGCCAAGCUUGGAGAAGGUUGGCGGUUCUAUGUGGACCAAGUUCAGUAGCUUCGUCGCAGGCGAUGGCAGCGACGCAGAAUCAAAAGGUUCGGGGAAAGACGCAGGCGAGAGUGGUCCAUUUGCCCGUGUUACUGGAACGCCCUCGGUCAGCAGGACUGGCUCUCAGUCCGAUCUGUACGGGUUUCACCCCCAAGCCGUCCCUUCAACAAUAGCGGGAAACAAAUAUGCUCCCAACGGUAUACAAUCAGCACGGUCCUCGGCAGAGCUCACUCGUGGUCGACCAUCUUUAGACUCCCAAAGAUCACCACCAUCCAGUUCAUACUCGCAACAUAAUCGCCAGAAUGAACCGAUGAACAUGUUCCAACAAGGGCAAGCCGCUCAACCUCCAAACCCUUAUCAAGCCUUUGCCACCUCGCCGCCCCCUCCUUACUACCCUCAAAGUCCGCCAAGAUCGUCGUACGUGCCGAACAACGCAGCCCCCGCAGUGGUGGCCCAAAACAUGUCUCCCAUGCGUCCAGGAUAUGCACCAACACCGCCAUCUGAAGAUGUUAUCCAGCAGGCGUACGGCCACACACCAGAGCCCAUUGCACAGAUACCUGAAGAGCAGCCCAUCCCAUUUGGUGGUUACCAGCCUUCGCAACCCGAAAAUUCCUACGGCAGUUUCCAGCCGUCGCAACCUGACCAGGUUCAGGCAUCCGCUCAGCAUAACGGAAUCGCCAGUGCAGGUCAUGAAGCUGCAAAUGAAUCUUAUGGUUUCGAACCGCCUGCCGGCGGGUAUGUCCCAUAUGAGCCUGAGCCAGAAUCACCAGAGGGGCCGAGCAAAGUCGUGAAAUCCAAGAAGAAGUCGUUCAUGGAUGAUGAUGAUGAGGACGACUUCCCCCGGGUAUCCAAUCAAACCCCGUCAUUCCAGCCUCAGUCUUCAGUCCAUGGGGACGAGGCGUCUCGCAAGAGAGCAAACGAUGCUGCCGCCGAGGCUGCUUUCCGUGCGGCCGCGGAAGCCGAUGCCGCGCGAGAAAAGGAACAGAAACAGUCCAAGAGAUCCUCGUCCUGGCUGGGGGGCUGGUUCGGAGGCAAGAAGGACGAUAGCUUGGAUUCGAGUUCGAGCAAAGGCGGGGACCAAAAAGUAAUCAGAGCCAAACUCGGCGAAUCGAAGAUGAAAUUAUACUAUGACAAGGAGCUCGGGAAAUGGGUGAACCCUGACAAUCCAGAUGCCGCAAAGAAAACGGGAACACCUCCUCCACCAAGAAUGGGUGGUACGCCAGCGCCGCCGAUGAGUGCAGGUGGUCCUCCGAGACCGCCCAUGGGCUCUACUCCUCCGACAUCACAUCCCCACACAACUGGUCUUGGCAUGGGUCUGUCCUCUGGACCACCCAGCAGAGUCGGGACCCCGGCUGACGGACCUGGGCCUUCCAUGCCAAAUGGCCAGUCGCCACAGAUAGGAGUCACUGGUCCGCCCAGCGCUGCUAGCACCCCACCGAUUGGGGCACCUUUGACUCCCAACCUCGCUCCUCCGCCGCGCCCAGGUACUGCCAUGAGCAAUGCUAGUAGCAUUGACGAUUUGAUCGGACCAUCAACUGGCCGUAAAAGUGCUAAAGGAGCUAAGAAAGGGGGUAAAGGGCGGUAUGUGGAUGUCAUGGCCAAGUGA